AUGCUCCCCUGGAGAACCAUCGCACCCCGAGCCGCGAGGCGUACCGCUUCUGCAUUCGGAGCACCACCCCGCCGCAUCACAUGUGGUGGCACCUUUGGAUCCGCGAGUAGACACCUCUCCGCAACCGCCGCCGCCCGCCAGCUCAACGCAAAGGUCGUUACCGAAGGCGUGCAAUUCGAAGGGCUGACGGGCGUAUCAACCCGUAGAUCAACGCUCCCCCAUUUCUGGCUAAGAGACAACUGUCGAUGCAGCAAAUGCGUGAACCAAGACACCACGCAAAGAAACUUUGAUACAUACGCCAAACAUGGAUUUGACAGUCAUGCGCAACUAGGGGAGCAAGACGGUCACGAGAGCUUCUACCCAUGGCACUUUAUCAAGCACUACCUGCAACAUGACCACCGCAGUCCGGAACAAGUCAACUACCACUUCUGGGGCUCCGACGUGGGCGAAAGGCGCCCCGUCGUCGAGUACGACCACCUCAUGACCGACAAGGACGACUCAGGCGUCGCAAAGUUGACAAACCUCAUUCGCGAGUACGGCUUCGCCUUCGUAGACGGAACCCCCUACGACACCCCGGAACCAACACAGCGCGUGCUCGAGAGAAUCGCCUUCAUCCGUGAGACGCACUACGGCGGCUUCUACGACUUCGUCCCGGACCUCGCCAUGGCCGACACGGCCUACACCAACAUCGCCCUCCCGGCGCACACGGACACGACCUACUUCACCGACCCGGCCGGCCUGCAAGCCUUCCACAUGCUCUCCCACGAGGCUCCGCCGGGACAGCAGCUACCCGAAGACGGCAAGCUCGGAGGCGAAUCGCUCCUCGUGGACGCCUUUUACGCGGCGCAGAUCCUGCAGAAGGAAGACCCGGCCGCGUACGAGAUCCUCUCCAAGGUGCGCCUGCCCUGGCACGCGAGCGGCAACGAAGGCAUCACGAUAUCUCCCGACAAGCGGUACCCCGUGCUCGAGGUUGACCCGCAGACGCGGACGCUGCAGCGGGUGCGGUGGAAUAAUGACGACCGCGGCGUGGUGCCGUUUACCGACGACGUCUCGCCGACCGCGUGGUAUGCGGCGGCGCGCAAGUGGGAUGCCAUUCUCCGGAGAUCCGACGUUGAAUUUUGGUGGCAACUGAAGCCCGGCCAGGUUUUGAUCUUUGACAACUGGCGUGUGAUGCACGGUAGGAGUGCGUUUGAGGGCAGAAGACGCAUCGCCGGCGCCUACAUUAACCGUGAUGAUUUUGUCUCCCGUUGGAGAAACACAAACUUCCCCCAUGAACAGGUCCUGAACCAGGUUGUUGGCUGA